AUGGAAUCCUUGAGCUGCCAUUUUCAGUUCACGUUUCAUGGAGUUUCCAAGAAUGUCAAAGCCAGGUCUUCUUCUUCUGUCUCCUGCUCCAUUCAGCCUACUCAGAGCAACAUCAAGGUAUAUGGUAGUGAACAUGGAGCAGCAAAAGAGAUAGGGAGGGCGGCAGUGUUGACAGUUACCAAAGCCAGAGGAAUGGAAGUUGCUGGUGCUGUUGACACCAUUUUGUCGGAGAAGAUAUUUGAAAGGCGACGAGCAUUUGGGAUGAGAAGUGUGGUGUAUGUGCCCCGGAUUAAAGUAGACACAUGGUUCUCAAACUUACAGGGGUGUCUGGUAGCACCACCUCUAUCAAUCCGAUCGAUUGUCCUCCAACGAGCAGCUAUUUCAGCUUCCUUCCACUACAACAAUGUUGAAAUCGGGGAAUCAGCAGCAGAUGCAACUGACCUCCCAUCAGCAGAUGCGGUCCAAAUUGCCCAAAAAACCUCUCCAAUCUGGGGCAGACGAUUUUACUCUGUCAAGCAUGACAUAACAGGCGUGCAGAGCCUUAUGCCUGGACUAAUCUUGGCAAUUAGAAAGGUGAUCCGUCUGAUG